AUGAGAGAGAUCAUCUCCCUUCACAUAGGACAAGCAGGUAUUCAAAUUGGAAAUGCAUGCUGGGAACUCUAUUGUAGAGAGCAUUGUAUAAAACCGGAUGGAACGCUAGAAGAGAAUGCUAUUGAUGAUGAAUCAAGCCAUUCUUUCUUUUACAGAACCUCUACGAAUUCAUUUGUUCCAAGAACAGUAAUGGUUGAUUUGGAACCAGGAGUCAUAAAUGAAAUAAAGGUAGGGGAAUAUAAAAAUCUAUUCCAUCCUCAAAAUUUAAUUUGCGGAAAGGAAGAUGCAGCAAACAAUUAUGCCAGAGGACAUUAUACUGUGGGAAAGGAAAUUCUCGAGCCUGUUAUGGAUGAAAUACGAAGAAUAGCUGGUAACUGUGAUGGAUUGCAAGGAUUCCUAAUCUUCCAUUCGUUUGGGGGCGGUACGGGAUCAGGAUUUGGGUCACUUUUGAUGGAAAAUCUCGCUACUGAGUAUGGAAAGAAAAGCAAGCUUGAAUUCAGUAUAUAUCCCUCACCUAAAGUUGCUACAGCAGUGGUCGAACCAUAUAAUUCAAUCCUAACUACACAUACAACUCUUGAAUAUUCUGAUUGUGCAUUUUUGGUUGAUAAUGAAGCUAUUUAUGAUAUGUGUAAGAAUUUGGGUAUUGAAAGGCCAGCCUACAUUGACAUUAACAGAAUUAUUGCACAAGUGGUAUCAUCUAUUACAGCAUCAUUGAGAUUCCAAGGACCAUUGAAUGUGGAUCUUACAGAGUUUCAGACUAAUCUUGUUCCAUAUCCACGCAUUCAUUUCCCUCUAGUCGCGUAUUCUCCAAUGAUAUCAGCGCAGAAGGCAUCUCAUGAAGGGUUGAGUGUUCAAGAAAUCACCAACAAUUGCUUUGAACCAUCAAAUCAAAUGGUAAAGUGUAAUAUUAAAAAAGGGAAAUUUAUUGCAUGUUGUCUACUCUUCAGAGGGGAUGUAAAGCCAAAAGAAGCAAACCAAGCUACUGCUAAUAUUAAAGCCAAGAAAGCAUCCCAGUUUGUUGAAUGGUGUCCUACAGGAUUUAAGAUUGGAAUUAAUGAAAAAAAGCCAGCAGUUCUACCAGGAUCAGCAAUGGCUGCAGUCAGCCGAGCAGUAUGUGCAUUAUCGAACACAACUGCUAUUGCAGAAGCAUGGUCUCGACUUAAUCACAAAUUUGAUUUGAUGUUUGCUAAGCGUGCGUUUGUCCAUUGGUAUGUCGGUGAAGGUAUGGAAGAAGGCGAGUUCAGUGAGGCUAGGGAAGAUUUAGCAGCGCUUGAGAACGAUUAUCGUGAUAUUGAAGUAGCAUGUGUAGCUGACGAAGAUUAA